AUGGAUACAUUAAUGAGAGUAUCGCCAUCUAGGUUAAUGAUUGUAUUUUGUUAUUAUUAUUUAUUAUUGUUUUAUAUUGAUAAAAUUAAACACUACAAUCUGACAUUGUGUUUCCAGAAGUAUUGGUUCUAAAUUGUUGUUUAACCAAGCAUUUUACUACGUAACACCCAAACAAUGGAAUUCGUCUAAGGCGAUAUUUCAACCAAAAACACCAAAUGCAAUUAUUUGGAAAACUACUGUGAGCAGAUCUAAAAUGUUCAGUGUUCGGAUGCCACCAAAAUUCAACUCUUGUCGUUUUAAUAUUCAACCAAACCUAAAAAAUUUCCAUGUGAACAAUGGAAAUAAAGCGGAAUGCGAUAUUAUUAACAUUGGUUUAACCAACAGGACAUAUGAAUCCGGUAAUAUUAAUAAUACAUCAACGAAUCAAGUUCGAGAAAAAAUAUUACAACCAGAGCAGAUUACUAUUCCAAGUGCGAAAAAAAUUGUUGGUCCCAAAUCGGAACUAAACUCGGCACCAUUUUCAAAAAAGUCAGACGUAAAAGAAAAUAAAAAUAACGAUUCGCUGGCAAUAUCACGAAUAAUUAUAAGGAAAAACGGUGAACAAUUACGAAAAACAAAAGAUGAGAAAACGUCGAGUAAUGACAAUUCACAACUAGGUGAAUUCUUAAAUAAAGGCAAAGUGUCGGCCGACCCGUGUAAUAAGACAACAAAACCGUCAAAACCAAAUGAUUGUAGUUCGACCGCCGAACAGAAAAAAGCACCAUCAAAAGGUGUUGCAGACAGCAUUUGUUAUAACCUAAAUGACGUACCGCCACCGAAAACAUUAGAAAAGGCUAUUAGCCCGGUUAGCGCGUGCAAUAAGAACUCACAAGAGUCGGCAACACAGAAACCAAAAACGCUCUGCAUUGAAAAAAAGAACAAUUCAACAGUGGAUGCUAUGUCUGGAACUAAAAAAACAGAAAAUAUAAACGAUAACUUGGUAGCACAAAAACCAUGUGAUAUUAUUAACAUUAGUCCAGGCAAUAGGACUCAUAAAUCCGGUGUUCUUAAUAAUACAUCAAAGAAUCAAGCUCGAGAAAAACUAUUAAAACCAGAGCAAAUUACUCUUCCGAGUGUGAAAAAUACCGUUUGCCCCGAAUUGGAACUAAAAUCAACAAAAUGUCCAAAAUGGUCCGACGUAAAAGAUAACAAAAAAAAAUAA